UGUCAAUAAAUCAAUAUUUCUACCUAACGAAUUCAAUUGUAGUGCGAUAAACAAAAUACGGAAUUCUUUUGGUUUUUAUAUGGGUUAAAUUAAGAACCACACAAAGUAUAAAAUAGUAUAAGUAUUAGUGUAUUAAAAUAUAGUGUAUACUUAUUAUAGACUGACCAAUAAUUGCUGUGGGAAUUAUUGAUUUGUGUAAAAAUUUGCAAUUCUUACAAAAUUUUUGUAGAAUCUGUCUAAUAUGGCUAAGGCAGAAUCGUGUACUAGAAAUAAUGUAGAGUGUUUAAAUGUGGACUUUAUGCGCUCUCUUGUAAAACAAUACUCUGAAUUGGGCCAAUGGACAAGUGCGUUCUUCUGGGCAGAUGCAGCUGCAGCAUCCUGUGGAUCAGAGACUGCGAGUGGUGAUGAUAUCUGGCUGCUGGCCAGCACCUUGCUAGCUAAAGGAGAACUGCAUAGAGCAGCACACGCUAUUACUUCUAGGGGAUUACAUACAAAUCAUUUAUUAUGCCUUGGUGUGGCAAUGAGGGCAUUUAUUACAGCUAAAGAGCCAGCCACCGCCCUAAACCUCAUGGAGGAGUGUUUUCCAGCACUUUUGGAGCCCAGAAACAUGGAUCAAACUCAUAAUAGAGCCCUUGCCGGAGUGCUGGUGUGGCAGGCAAAAGCACUUACAUGCUUAGAGAGGCGGGAGGCUGCCAUAGAAGCACUAACAUCUGCACUCCGAGCUGAUGUAGCUUGCUUUGAAGCUUUGGAUCUGUUGCUUGAACAACAUGCGCUUACUCCUAAUCAGGAAAGCGACCUAAUAGAAUCCCUGCCCAUAAACAAUCAGCUGAAUGCAGCAGAAGCGGCGUUGUUGCGAGUCGCGUACCGGGAGCGGCUUCUGCGAUAUACGCCUAUAAAGAGUGCACCACCAGAUGGCGACAGUUCCCGCAGCGCCGUGGAGCUGGCGCGCUCGCGCAGCAUCACCGGGCUGGAGGCGCGCGGGCGGCGGCUGGCGGCGUGCGGGGAGUGGGAGCCGGCGCUGCGGGCGCUAGACGGCGCCGGGCCGUGGGCGUGCGCGGACGUGCGCGUCGCGUGCCUCGUCGAGCUGAAGCGCGCCGCCGAGCUGUUCGCGUUCGCGCACACGCUCGUGGACGCGUACCCGCUCGUGUGGACGUCCUGGUUCGCGGUCGGGUGCUAUUAUUAUUUGAUCGGCAAGAACGAGUUCGCCCGUCGCUACCUCAGCAAAGCGUGCUCGCUGGAGCCGAGCGCGGGCUGCGUGUGGCUCACGUACGGGCACAGCUUCGCGGCCGACAACGAGCACGAUCAGGCUAUCGCGGCUUAUUUUAAGGCCAGUCAACUAAUGCCGGGCAGCUAUCUACCGCCGCUCUAUGUUGGUGUGGAGUGCUCCUUGCUCAAUAACAUUAACAUGUGCGAGCGGUUCUUAACACGAGCGGCCAUAUUGCACAGCAAUUCUGAAGCCCCCAGCGAGAGCGCGAUGGACGACUCGCAAGUGGACAAGAAGGGCCGGUGGGAGCGCAUCAAGCGCGUGGUGAGCAGCGCGGCCAUCGCGCACGAGGCGGGCGCCGCCGCCUACGCCGCGGGCGACUACGAGGCCGCCAAGGCGCUGUGGCUGCGCGCGCUCCAGAUCGCGGGGCCGACUGAACAGCUGAAGCCGUGCUGGGCGAGCACGCUGGACGCGGUGGGGCACGCGGUGCGCGCGCUGGGCGGCGCGGGCGCGGCGAGCGAGGCGGCCGCGUGGCACGCACGCGCGCUGGCGCUGCGGCCCGCGCGCGCCACCUCGCUCGCCGCGCGCGGGCUGUGCCUGGCGCUGGCCGGCCGCGCCGCGCCCGCCGCCGACGCGCUGCACGCGGCGCUGGCGCGGGAGCCCGACAACGUGGUGGCCGCCGCGCUGCUCGACGCCGUCGUCGAGCGCCUCGACCUGCUCAACGAGGAGGAAAUCCCCCAAUUCCCCUUCCCCCCGGUUACCCUCUCCCUCCCCCCUCCCUCCACGCCCGUGGCGAUCACCUCGCAUCAUGACAUCACCAACACAUCAGAUAUGAGCAUGAGCUUCGAUUGAACAAUUACCAAGAAAAGGAAGAAUAAAAAGAAAUAUGGCAAGAAUAAAGGAGAGCCAAAGGAUAAAAAAAAACAUUAUUAAAAUAAAGUGAACGCUCUUUUAAAUAAGUUAUACAGUAUGCUCGGCAAUAUUGAUUUGUUCAUUCGGAAUUGGUCAAACCAAUUUUUUUGUAAUUUAAAAGUGUAUAUGUAUGCCUAUAAAGAUAAUCAUAGAAUUGUAAUUCUGUAGGCAUAAUUUAAUUAUGUGAAACUUUAAUGUACGUGGAACUUUACUGUUAACAAUUAUUUUUAUUAAAUUUCCCAAUUAGUUUAUUUUUUAUCAGGUUAUGUUUAAAAACCUUGAUUUUUUACUCGUCAAAAAGCCCCUACUAUAAACCCACCAACUAUAGAGAAACAGUGAUCAAUUCAUGUAUCCGUAGUUUCCGGGUAUUGUGACUAAAUCGGGCCGCGGGGUUUCACCCGAGGGCAAAAUCAAGUAUUUCUGGUACAUAAGCUACAAUCACUGCCAAGUAUCAUCAAAUUUCGUGCAGUGGUUUUCGCGUGAAAGAGCAACGUACAUAUAUAUAUUCUCGCAAACUUUACUUAUAGAAAAAUAUUAAAAGGACUAGUAGGAUUAAGUUAGUCACAUCUAAAAUGUUCAUUCAUUAUUUCAUGUAAGUAGCGCUCAUUACAUUCGAAAUUGAAUUUCGGAUAAGUCAUUUGCUAAUUCUCAAUGUGAAUUUUGUAUAUAACACUAUAUAAUAUAAGGU